GACUUCGCGCGGGCAUACGCCGUUCGAUGCCUCUCAUUGACUGGUCGCCACCACCCGCAUACGGACGUGCGUGCGUGCGUGCGUGCGUGUGUGAUACAGGAAGAUCGCGUGUGCAUUCGUAGCCGACUCAAAAGUGCUCGUGAUAGGCAAGUCGCGUCGAGAUAAUCCUUGAUACGAGUACGUCGUCCUAUCUGGCUUAUCUAGCCGUUGCCGCCGCCACCGCUGCCGUUCUCGUGUUGUCUCGCAGGAAGAAAAUUCCCGUGAGGAGAGCUUCGCCGCCGAAGGCAGCAAAAUGGCCGAGACGGAGAAUAUAUUCUUGUUCGUGCCAAAUAUCAUCGGUUUCGCCCGAGUGAUCCUGGCGCUAAUAUCCUUUUACUUCAUGCCCACCCAUUAUGUGAUCGCCACGACGUGUUACGUUGUCAGUGCCCUGUUGGACGCGAUAGACGGCCAUGCGGCGAGGUAUUACGAUCAAUGCACGAAAUUCGGUGCGAUCUUGGACCAGCUGACAGAUAGAGUCGGCACGAUGUGCCUCACGGUAACCUUGUGCCUGUUCUACCCCACCUACACCUUCUGGUUCCAGCUGAGCAUGGCUAUCGACAUAGCCUGUCACUGGAUAUAUCUGCACACGACUCUCUUGCAAGGAAAGACCAGCCACAAAUUCGUCGACAUGUCCGGGAACCCGAUCAUGAGACUGUACUACACGAAUCGCAUGGUGUUGUUCUUCAUGUGCGCCGGCAACGAAGCCUUUUACGCCUGUUUGUACCUGCUGCACUUUACCGAAGGACCCAUUUUUGCCGGUAUAGGUUUGUACAGGUUGCUCGCGUGCCUGAGUGCUCCAGUAGCAUUGGUCAAGACUGCUAUUUCUUUGUUACACGGAUACGUGUCGUGCAUUAAUCUUGGCAUCAUCGACGUGAAAGAACGUCAAGAGCGACUUAAAGCCAAUUAAAUAUCUUAGUGUAUGCAUUAUCUACUAGUUAAACUGAAUGUGAUUUGCAGAUCUUCCUAUUGCAUAAGCCGACACGUACGUGUGUUUAAGUAUUUCCGAGUAUAUUUUUGGAAAGCAGAGCGGACAUUUAAAGAUGCAAAGUUGAAAUCUCUAUCCAAUUUAGUCAAUACUUAAUGCCUAGGAGACGAUCUUUCCUCAAUGCAAUCCAAAGACUAUGGCCAAAUCAUUCACUACUAAAAUGUACAUAUGUACAUUUUUGCAAGAGAGAAAAACAGAGGAACUAUUAUUUUUUGAAUGUUAUCGAUAUCAACAAAAAGACUACUAUUAGAAUAGUUUGUAUCACGUAAGAUUUUGUAGCAUUUAUUAUAUUAGACCAAUAAGUUGUUAUUAUUCAGUUAUUAAAAUUUUUGAUAUUUAUUUUUUAUCUGUAGAAACUAUAAGUUUUAAUAUUUUUGACGCUCUCUCUCUCUCUGUUUUGUAUUUUUCCAAUAGCAAAACAAUUCCAGAAAUCUAACAUAUUCUGACAUUUCAGUGAACAUAUGUGUAGUAACAUUGCACAAUCUUAGGCAAUGUUGUAUAGUGUAAACAAUAUGUUGAAUAAAAUAUAAGUUUAUGGUGUGA